AUGGCACCUGCCUCUUCUAAACCGGCUGACACCUCAGAUCCCACUGGUGGAUGGGACGACGAAGUUUCAUCUAGCGAGGAGUCAAACUCUCAGCCACCAGAAUCGUACGCCAGGGACAAAAGCCCCCAUAUUCAUGUAGAGCCCACAAGUGCAGAAAAGCCUAAGCGCCGUGGAAGACCUAAAAAGACACAAUCACCAAGAGAAGCUGCUGUUAAUCGAGCAACGAAAAAGCCGGUGAAGGAAAGUGAAAACAAAUCCAAAGUACCCAAACCAACAAGAGAAGCUGCGACAGAAACCAGAGCACCUCCAGCGGGGCGCAAGAAGUCUGGAAGCGAUGUGACAAAAGACGGAGGACAUCAGAGACCAGGAAAUGCUAAGGGGGGGACUGGGGCCCAAACUGCAAACCCGUCCUUAAAGACACUCAAGCAAAAGCUAGAUGACAUUGCCAAAUUGGUUUCCGAAGCAUGGAAUAUUCUGGCCGCGAUUGAAGGUGGGAAGUAG